GGUAGAUGAUCCCUACAUGUAGAUAGACCCUUGACAGCUUGUGCUGCAGUCAGCGAGGUCAUUGUUCCCCUCUCGUUCUUGAUCUCGCUUCACCUCAGCAAUUCCCUUAUAAUACUCCUCUGUACAUUACAUCUUUGGUUAUUGCUUUCGACAAUUCCUUUGGCGCAGUAGCCAGCUCCUUACCUGUAGCUACCUACUCCUAGCUCGACCUAUGUGGUUGCUGCUCUGCCUGGAUUCCCAAAUCAAUUAAUUGACGUUACAUUUCCAUCCAACCACGUGCAGCCGAAUCUAGACACAUCCAUUAUCACUACCACUUUGUCAAGUGAAAAUGGCUUCCGAUCCCAAGAUACCCCCCUUUGAGGCCGACUCUUUGGAUAAGAUUGCUCAGUAUGCUGCCGAUGCCCGGGCGACCUUCGCGUCGCAAAAGACGAAGGACAUCGAAUGGCGUCUCGUGCAAUUGAGGAAGCUGUACUGGGGUAUCACCGAUUACACCCCGCAUCUGAUUGCUGCCCUGAAGCAGGACAUCGGCAAGCCAUCCUUGGAAGCUCUUGUCGGCGAGGUAUCAUAUACUAUCGGUGAUCUCCAACACAUCAUGAAGAAACUGAAGACCUGGGCCAAAGACGACACCAACUUGGACUUCCCAUUGACCUACGCGCCUCUGAGGCCGCGUAUCCGAAAGGAGCCUCUAGGCGCAGUGCUCAUCAUCGGCGCCUACAACUACCCCUUCAUGCUCAGUAUGUGCCCUCUUAUCGGUGCCAUUAGUGCGGGAUGCACUGCCAUCCUCAAACCUUCCGAGAGCUCACCCGCAACCGCCAUGGUCCUGAAGGAGAUCGUCGGGAAGUAUCUCGACCCGAACGCUUUCCGCGUGGUAAACGGCGCCAUUCCCGAGACACAGGCCCUCCUAAACGAGAAGUGGGGAAAGAUCAUGUAUACGGGCAAUUCUAAUGUCGCGAGGAUCAUUUCCAAGAAGGCAGCUGAAACUCUAACCCCCGUAACCCUCGAACUAGGCGGCAGAAACCCUGCCUUUGUUUCCAAAGCUUCUAACCUGCCUUUGGCGGCACGCCGGCUUCUUUGGGGCAAGUCCCACAAUGCAGGCCAGGUCUGCAUGUCUCAAAACUACGUCUGUGUGCAACGCGAAGUAGUGGAUGAGUUCAUCAAGUGCCUUAACGCCGCAUGCAAAGACUUCUUCCCACAGGGCGCCAAAAACAGUCCUGAUUAUGGACGCAUCGUCAACGAGAGAACGUUUGAUCGUAUAAAGGGCAUGUUGGACAAGACAAAUGGCAAGAUCGUCAUGGGCGGAGAGACAGAUAGGUCUAAUCUAUACAUCGCCCCUACCGUCGUGCUUGUUGAUUCCAUCGGCGACCCGAUGAUGGUGGACGAAUCGUUCGGUCCCAUCUGGUCUAUUUAUCCCGUCGACGAUGUAACUGAAGCCAUCAGAGUCAUGAAUGAGGUGGACCCUACCCCCUUAUCUCUCAUGACCUUCGGUUCAAAAGCCGAAAAUGAAAAAGUUCUUAGCAAUGUCACGUCAGGCGGAGCAAGUAUGAACGACUCUUACAUGCAUGGGUGCGUGUAUACUCUUCCCUUCGGUGGUGUUGGCGAGUCUGGCACAGGCGCAUACCACGGGCGUGCAUCCUUCGACUGCUUCACGCACCGACGCACCGUGGUAGCGACACCCGGCUGGAUGGACAAGCUGUUGCGUGUGCGCUACGCGCCGUACUUACAGUCGGAGCUGAAACAGUACCUCUGGAUGCACAGCCAGAAGCCCGACUUUGACCGCAACGGCAAGAAGAUCACGGGGGUGGGCUACUGGAUCUGGAUGCUCUUCGGGCUCGGGGGCCCCACGGUCAAAAGCGCGCUACUUCGAUGGCUUGCCGUCCUCGCUGCUGGGUACGCCUACCAAACCCAGUUCCAUCGCCUCUCGAAAUUCCUCGCGUAAUCUGGUAGCAUCGCUUUGUACUGUCUGACUAUGGCUGCAAAACCUCGCUCGGAAUAGGUGAAGCCUGGGCAUAUGGAUUGUAAAGCUGGCAUGUCCUCAGAAGACUCGUGAAAGUCAAUGAGAGCCUAAUAUAUACCCAAUUUCAUUUUCCAAUUCGCGUCAAUUGUGAAUUGUUUUUAGAUAAUCAUGCUUAACUAGCUGAUGUGUUGAUUUGAUGAAGGUCCGGACGCCAGGCUAUGAGAUUUCCACUGCGUUUUACUACUUCUCGUGGCUCUCACAUUAUAUAACAAGUUCAAGGCUUCGCUAGAUAGACUUGAGGGUGGUAUUUAACCUCGUAAACGCUAUAUUCUCUCACGCCGGCCCCCCUUUAUUUUCUCUCCAGCUUGUCUAGGUCCUUAGCUUCGAUAAUAUUAUCGUCUAACCAUCUAUUACUAAGCCUAUACUAGGUCCUAUCGUGAAUUUUUUUAUGUCUGGAUAAUCGUGACGGGGAAGGAAGUAAAUUGUUCAUACCAUCUUGG